AUGACGAACCUAUGCUCCAACUUCUUCCAGACACUUUACAGCGGGAACAACACCGCCACCGUAAACACGACCUUCUGGCAACACAUCCCUCCCUCCUCCAUCCCGAACCCCCUAUUCCUACGCCUCGGUGCCCCCUUCUCCCUUGAUGAAAUCGGAAAAGCACUACUCUCCCUGUCUCGAGGCAAAACCCCUGGCCUAGACGGUCUGCCCGGGGAACUCUUUCGGCAAUUCGCUCCGCGAUUUGCACCGGCCUUCCAUUCCCUGCUCUCCCCUCCUCAACCUCUCUCCCGCUUACCCCCAUCCAUGCUGACCGGACGCACCGUCCUCAUCCCCAAACGGGGUGACUCCUCGCUCGUAGAAAACCUUCGCCCCAUCACCCUCAUGAACGCUGAUUACAAGGUACUCGCGCUGUGUCUUGCCAACCGACUCCAGCUCGUUCUUCCCCAGCUCAUCCACCCGUCCCAAACGGCCUUCAUCAAAUACAGGAAAAUUGGAGACACAAUCAAUGAUACCCUUGAUAUCAUGGACUGGGCAGCAUUCUCAUCAACCCCUCUUCUCGCUCUGACGGUAGACUUUCGAAAGGCCUACAAUCUGGUCGACCGCCCCUUUCUCCUCCAAGCCUUAGCGGUCCUAGGGAUUCCAGCCCCCUUCAUACAUUGGGUACGACUAAUGCACUCCGACACGAACACACGAAUCUCCGUCAACAACAUGCUCGGCCCCAACUUCCCCGUCCGUACGGGCGUCCGACAGGGCUGUCCUCUGGCACCUCUUCUGUUUGUCUGUGUCACCGAGAUCUUCCACCGAUACAUGUCCCUCUUCUUACCCGGCUUCGCUCUGUCUCCCGUCUAG